AUGCUGACAGCUGGGUUUGAGCUUCCGUCAGCGCUCGCGACUUCGCAUUCCAUAAACAACCGACGUGGUGUGAUCUUUGGAUCAGAAUUUAAGGUCUCAAAAACGGAGGCGUGUGUGAUCGAGGCAGCCUGGUCCAAUCUUAAGGCCUUGAAGGAGGCCCAUCUCUCGCCGCACUCGAUGCGCCUCACUGACAUGACCGCCCAUUCACGCCCUGCACUCCCCGUCUUGCCUUGUCUCUUGUUACAGAAUGUAUUCCUCACCACCCUCAUCGCUCUCCGGCCCCGGUGGCCAGCUCGAUCUGUUGCAUUUCUCGUGUAUACUUAUGCCCUUGCGCUAGCUCUUAAAUCGACCGCCGGUAGCCCCUCGCGCGACUUCCCCAUCGGGUGCAUGCUCAUGAAGCAGUUUUUCACUGCCUUUCACCUUCUCUGGUUGACGGACCCUCUGAAUGAGUUCCGCCAUGAGCGGGACUACGUCUCCCCGGGAAAGCUACCCUUUUUACGCCGGAUGUACUGGGCUCUGUGUGUUUUCUACAGUCCUCGUGGCGUCGGUUGGAAUUACGAGAUUGCCAAUGUGCCUCCUCGCACUAGCCAGCCUCGCUGGAAGUUUGUACGCGAGCAGUUAACACGAGCAUUGCGCUGGUAUCUGCUCGCCGACUUCGCAAAGGCCUAUCAAGGCUCCCUUCUCUCCUCAUCUCCUAGCGCAGAUCUAUUCUCCGUGUCCUCGCAAGGGCACAUCCGACGGUGUCUGAAUAUCCUGGCGAUAUCCAGCUCAAUGUUCGCCUUCUUGGCACUCGAAUACAGCCUUCUUGCUGCCCUUUUCGUCGCGCUCGGCUGGUCGCCGCCGCGCGACUGGCCAGACGUGUAUGGCGCAUGGUCCGAGUCAUUCACAAUUCGACGAUUCUGGGGGUUGAGUGUCCCGCUCCUCGCUUCUAUGCCCCAGAAUGCAGCUGACGCACCCUAUAGGCGGAAAUAUCACCAGCUGGUUCGCCGGUACGCAACAUCGAUCGGGAAGAUGUUCUGCCAUCUCAUGAGCAUCAGAGCGGGUUCGUGGGGAUCAUCCUAUACCCAGCUUUAUGUAGGAUUCGCGGUGUCGGGCCUCAUGCACUGCGGCGGAGACUUCAUGGUUGGCCGGCCGCUGGCUUCGUUCCCUUUCUUCGUCGCGCAGGCGAUAGCAAUAUCCCUGGAGGAUGCUGCCAUCUACGCUGCCAAACGUGUUGGCUUAACAUUACCAGAGCGACUGGGGCGCCUCAUAGGAUACAUCUGGGUGUUUACGUGGUUGUACAUUUCAAUUCCGUGGUAUUUGGAUUGGGCGGUGAAGGCAGGCGCCGUGGACACCCGCAGCCUGCCGUUCUCGUUGACUGUCCUGUUGGCGUCGAGCGUUGCAUCGAGUGUUGCUCGGCUUGCGACAGGCCUAGGUGUAUCUUUAGUACUGACUGUAGCUUAG